AUGCAGGCUUCGAAGGGCAAAUCAUUCGUUGCGGCCACGCCCGAUACUCUCCAUGGUCGUCUCUCCUUCUCGCAUCUGAAGGAAGGGCAAAUUCUGGAAGCAUGCUCCAAGGCCGAUAUCGAGGGUCUGAAGAUGCUGGCAGAGUCAAGGGGUGGCUUCCUCAACGAUGGCCUCAGACGCAAAGCCUGGCCCAUCCUUCUCGGAUAUCCUACUGAAUACAAUGGCGAGGCUUCAUACUUGAAGCUCAGAUCCGUGCUCCUCUAG